UGUGUCUUCCCCCUCCCAUCCUCCACCCCCUCGCGUCCCCCGUCCCCCCCAUCAUCUGCGACGCCAUCUUCUCGCGUUUAGAGCAAGAGCGAAGAUAAGACGCAAGACAACCGUAGACUCGACUCGAGAGGACCGCCGUGUGUCAUGAUGAGCGGAGCCAAAGCCCGCAGCGAUGCGCCUGUUGCUGACAACACCGUCUCUGGUAGCAGCGGCAGCAGCGCGCUCGGGGUCGGAAGCAGCGCCGCCGCUCCGCCGCGGGAGCGCAAGUCCAACGGAGGGGUUCUGAAGAGGCUCAGGUCCAGGAGGAGCCAGGUGGAGAGCAGGCCGGUGACUGAGGAGGACCUGCGGACCCAGAGUGGACAAAUCACGGCGGACGAGGUGCUGGGACUGCGCGUCGCCACUCGGGGGUAUCUCUGUAAACCAGAGGAGAACGUCUACAACAUUGACUUUGUACGAUUCAAGAUCAGAGACCUGGAGACAGGCACCGUUUUGUUUGAGAUCGCCAAGCCUCCAAAUAUGGAGGAGGACCAGGAGGGCAGGGACGUGGACCUGAGUGCCGGUCGCUUCGUCCGCUACCAAUUCACCCCCGCCUUCCUGAGACUGCGCACCGUGGGUGCCACUGUAGAGUUCACGGUGGGAAGUCGACCCCUGAACAACUUCCGCAUGAUCGAGAGGCACUACUUCCGCGAACACCUGCUCAAGAGCUUUGACUUCGACUUCGGCUUCUGCAUCCCCAACAGCCGCAACACCUGCGAACACAUUUACGAGUUCCCCCAGCUGUCUGAGGCCCUGGUUCGUCAAAUGGUGGAGUGUCCCUACGAGACCCGCUCUGACAGCUUCUACUUCGUGGACAACAGACUCGUCAUGCACAACAAGGCUGACUAUGCCUACAACGGUGGCCAGUAAUACCUGCCGGCCCUAUCAGACGAGUAGGCAACCAUGCACGUACCACGCACCCUUGGGCACGCUUGUCUCCACGUAGGCGCUGCUUAUGCCCAAUGCACCAAUGCGCACACGCGCACACGCACACACACACACACACACGCGCAUAUACGUGCACGUUCACAUACACACAAAUGCAGAACACACCGGAAGUCACCGAAGUUGGUUCUUGGUAUUUUUUUGGACAAUUUCUCGUGUAUAGCAACUGAAUCUGCUGUUGUUUCACUUGUGAGAAGUAAAGGGGACCACUUA